AUGAAAGCAUCGCUCUUCCUAGCUCUAUCUGCUGUAUGGAUCCCUCUUGCCGCUCAAGCAAUCGUCAACGGCCGCUUCGCCACAGCUCCCUUCUUGAAGGGAGUCGUCAAAGUCAACGAUGAUUGCACAGGUGCAUUGAUCGGGAACAAGUGUGUCCUGACCGCUCAUCACUGCCUCGCCAAGAACCGCCUGGGCGAAGUUAUGCUCCCAGAGUUCAAAGAUUCGGUCGUAAUGGAGUCCACCAAGAAGAUAAAAAUGGUCUCAUCGUUCGAGCCCGGAUAUAGCGACAAGCGUUGCUACGACCUCCAAAUCGCCGUCCUUGCCCAACCCCACAACCUGGGCUAUAACCUUACCAAGAACUCUGUCCAAGGUCAAAGCGUCGCCGUGGCAGGGUGGGGUUUUCUCGGUGAUUACACUAUCCCCAAGACGCUUCAGUUCCUCCAGUAUACUGCCAAGGCCAAGUUCGUCCCUAGCGAGGGCAUUGUGGUCCCCGUUGCCGAUGGCGCCACAGGCAUCAUCUUCCGUGAUUCCGGCGGGCCCUUGUUUGUCUGCCAGGGUGACAAGUGCUUUGUCGCUGGCGUGGCGAACGGCAAGGCGAAGGGUUCGACGCUAGUGAAAACAGAACAUCUCUGGUGUGAUUUGCGCUCGAACUGGGCCUGGGUCACUGAGGUUGUGAAGGCGAACUGCCUUUAA